GAUGCCGGUCGUCCAUCUCGUCGCCGCCACCACCACUCCUCCUGGAUCAGACGCGCUCUCCCCUGUCUCCGUCAUCUCUGUUCAGCGCCCCGAUCGAUCCGAUGGCGUUCACCUGCAAGCGGCCCGCCGCGUCCCUCGACGGCCACGCCAGCCAGCCGGGCGCGAUGUGCCGGAAGAGGAGGCGCGUCGUCGUCGGGACCACCUAUGAUUACGACCAGGAGUCGUGCCUCGGCAAAGGCAAGUUCGGCGCCGUCGUCAAGGCGCGGUGCCGCGCCACCGACCAGCUCGUCGCCAUCAAGUCCCUCCACGACCCCGCCGACCCCCACGAGGUGCUGCGGGAGGCCCGCUUCCUCGAGGCCUGCGGCGGCCACCCGCACAUCGUCGGCUUCCGCGGCGUCACGCUCGACUACGUGACCGACGAGCUCUGCCUCGUCAUGGACUACGUCGAGGGCAAGAGCCUCAAACUUCUCCUGAGCGAGAGGGGCGGCGGGCUCCCGGAGGCCACGGUGUGCACCUUUAUGUGGCAACUCCUCACGGCCGCCAAGAAGAUGCACAGGUGCCACAUCGUCCACCGCGACAUCAAUCCUGCUAACAUCCUCGUCGGAGGGGAAGUCGUCAAGAUCUGCGACUUCGGCGUCGCCAUGUCCAUGUCGGAGGCGCCGCCGUACGAGGAGGAGGUUGGCAUGGGCGAGUACCGGGCGCCCGAGAUGCUCCUAGGGAAAGAGGACUACGACGCGCUCGUCGACACAUGGUCUCUUGGGUGCGUCAUGGCGGAGAUGCUCUCGGGCAAGAGGAUUUUCCGGGCCGACGAAUUCAUCUCUCUGUUCCAAAGGAUCUUCCAAGUGGUGGGCGUGCCAGACGACACGACGUGGCCGGGGUUCACGUCGCUGCCACACACCGCCCCGCCGCCGCUGGUGCCGGGGCAGCAGAGCACGCCGCGAGAUCUGUUCCCGGUGGAGACGCUGUCUGCGGAGGGAUUCGAGGUCCUCAACGGUCUUCUUACAUGCAACCCCGACAACCGGCUGACGGCGGCCGCCGCGCUGAAGCUCCCGUGGUUCGCCACCGUUACUGCUCCUACUGCUGCUGCCAAGAUCGACACGAUGGCGGUGUCCAUAAAGGAGGAGGUGGUGGAGUUCGCUCCGUUGAUGCCUCCCAGAAAGAGAGUCACGGCCAAGAAGACGUUGAUCAGGAAGAAGGUGCCGCUGACCGCUCCACCGGCCGCAUGAAGUCGCAGAGAUCUCGUUCUUGUGCCUUGAUCCAUCGAUGCUUAGAACUUUUCUGAUGCAAAAUAGUAUGCUUGGAUGAUAAUUUAGUGCGUCCAGAGCAGAGUAAAUUGUGUCUGGCUGCAUGCAUCGCCCAGAUGCAGAGGCAGGGGGUCUUCCUCCUUUUCCAAAA